AUGACAGUGUAUCAACUCAUUGUUCACAGUGAAUUUAACAAGCGCUACUUCAUGGGCAGCGACAUUGCCCUGUUGCAACUGCAUCUGUCUGUGAACUUUACUUCCCACAUUCUCCCCGCCUGCCUCCCAGGGCCAACCACGAAGCUGCCCAUUCACAGCAGCUGCUGGAUCACUGGCUGGGGGAUGAUCACCGAGGAUGAUUUCCUGGCCUCACCAUUGCAGCUGCAGGAAGGAGAGGUUGGCAUUGUUGACAGUGAGGUCUGUAAAAUGUAUUUCCAAUCGCCAGACUCCAGCAGCAGUGAAUAUUCUAUACACGAGGAUAUGUUUUGUGCCGGGGACCUCAUGACAGGAAAGUCCAUCUGCCGAGGAGAUUCCGGGGGCCCCCUGGUCUGCAAGCUGAACAGUAGUACUUGGUUUCUGAUGGGGCUGUCUAGCUGGAGCCUGGCCUGCCGCUACCCCAUAAGCCCCAGCGUCUUCACCAGGCUCACCUACUUCUCCAGCUGGAUCAAUGAGAAGCAGAGGACCUCGCCCAAUCCCGAACCUUCUUUUGCUCCUCCUCAGGAAAAACCUCCUAUUUUGAGUGACUUCACUUCUCUGGGCACCGUCCACAAGCCCAGCACCUGCAUGACCCUUGUGUUUUCACAGACCCUCCUCCUGCUGCUGAUUUCCCUAAGGACUCUGUGA